CAAAGCACUCUGCCUGCACCAUCUACUCGUACUAAGGCAGCCAAGAUCAAUCAAUCCAUAUGCCAAAAGCACGGUCUCGGGUCAAGCAACAGCGGCUAUGUCCGUGGUGCUCGUUGAAUUUCUCGAAGGAAGAACAUCUAUCUCGCCACAUUCGGUCGCACACUAAGGAAAAGCCAUUUGGCUGUGUGACAUGUGGCAAGACUUUCAGUCGCCGUGACUCGCUUCUGCGUCAUAGCAAGGUGCAUUCUACGCAGGGCAAGGAUAGCCAAACCCCUAACAUCAGGGCCCCAUCACUAGAGACCGACGGGAACCCCGACCCAACCCUGGGAGAUUCGCGAGUGCUUCCUAUGGAUCAUGGCAUAGACCCAACCCCAUCGUUAUUAGCACAUCACGAAUCAUUGAGCCCCAUGUGGCCUGAUAAGCAAGCUACUGCCUCCCAUACCCAGGCUCGUCUGCCCGAGUGGCUCGAAACAGUCGUUCAGCCUUCGAAAAAUGUGCAAAGCCAAGCCAAUCCUCAAGGCCGGUUGUUUACACCACUGGAUAACAUCUUUAAUCUGAGUAUGGAAAGUGCCCUGCAUUUUGAACCGUAUUCUCAAGUUCCCACGUGGCUCGCAGACGAGCAUUUCGACCUAGAUGCUUUGAAUUCUUCGGUGAUGACAGGCACGCUCGGAAUCUUCACACCCGACUACACAGCAAAUAACGAUAAUACUGAUACCACAAUACAAACGCUGGAAUUACCUCAUUCAGAGCGCAAGGAAGAUCAAGUCCGCCAACUAUGGUUCACCUAUAUUGGAACUCAUAAGUCUGGCAAUAUCACCCCAAAUACUACCCAAGAGCAAGUCGUACUAGACGACCAGUACCGGCAAACGCUGUCGCAAAGGCUUCAACAGCGUGUGCCGAAUGAGCCAUUGCCAUCUACCGAGUUCUUAAAUCUGUGCAUCCAGUUGUUUUUCACGAAAUUCAAUCCAAUCUUUCCAAUUGUACAUGCACCCACGUUUCGACCUUCGGUAAAAAACUCUCUGUUACUGUUGUCGAUAUGCUCCGUAGGGAGUCUUUUCAUAGGCUCCAAAUACGCCGUGACUCAGGGAUCUAUCAUUUUUGAGCGACUUAAUAAAGCUAUCCUGGCCUCUUGGGAAAGAUAUCUCCUGAGUGGGAAGGGUGAGGCAAUUGCAAUGAUACAAGCUGCCUUAAUUGGACAAACAUUUGCCCUGCUGUCAGGGAAACCGAGAAAUUUGUUGAUCCUACAGACGUUCCAUGGCACCGUUACUACCUGGGCUCGGUUAUAUAAAAUGUUCGAAGUUCGGCAAGCGACGGAUCAUUUGGAGGCGCAUCUCGAGACCCGCAGCCCCGAAGAUUCAUGGAGGGCAUGGGCCCAGUCGGAAGAGCAAGUUCGUCUAGCAGCUGGUCUUCACAUUCUUGACGCAGAGCUUUCGGAAUUGGUCUUAACCCAUCCCCUAAUCCAACGCGAAGAGUCCUUGCUUCCUCUGACCGGAAGACACGAGCUAUGGGUUGCUUCAAAUACCGCGCAGUGGAAGAUGGCUUUGGACCGUCAACGAAGCGCGUCAGAUUUUAACCAAAGCGGCGCUAUAGCGGGAUCUAGCCCUCUACCGAUUGGUAUUGGACUGCCAAAUAGAUUCCAACUAUACAUCACGCUGGAGGGGAUCAAUGCCCGUAUCGCAAACUCAAGAGCCUCUCAUGUUACCCGAGACCAAGAAGUGUUUACACGAUUCGAAAAUCAGUUGAUUCAGUUCUUCGACCAACACCUUCACGCGAACGGAGCAUCCCCCGCCAGUGAUCCAUUCUGUUUAGAGGUGCUUUGGCACUCAGCUUUUAUCUCACUUCUGGCCGACUUUAAUUGCCUUGAACUAGCGAUUGGCAGAGAGGGGUAUAAGGAAUCAUUAAGUCAUCGUGAUCAUGCUCACCGAUGGGCUUCUUCCCCUAAUGCAACCCGUUGUGCUUUACACGGGGCUAUGAUUCUCCGAAAGGUCCAAAAUACCCCGUUAGGAUCGGAACCUGCGAUCCACGUCCCUAGAGCACUCUAUCGGGCAGCUACCGUAUGGUACAUAUACUCCGAAUAUGGGGUAGAUGUUCAUCCUGGCUCCCCGGAAACCUCCCUGGAAACGCCGCCCGCCGUCAAUGUCGAGUUUCCGGAAUUUUCUCAGUUAAAGAUGAGCAGUCAAUCUCUCAUUUUCGAAGCUAAUGGCUAUCGAACAUCAAGACCAAAGAGCUCGGAGUCUAGCACGCUCUGUGGACUGGUUGACCUCCUCCAUCGGAUUGGUCACUGGGGGCUGUCGAGGAAAUUUGCGGAGCAAUUGAAUUUCCUGUUGAAAGAGACGGAGAGUUAAAAGUUAUAUCAAUACUCUAUAUUAUUUAUGUACAACAUCAAUUUGCCAAUCGAUGGAAGCAACAGAACCUAAGAGGGGUAGUGCAAAGAUUUGAUUCUGGUGAAAGUAUGUAACUCUAGCUACCUGAUAUCGUUCUACCCAAUAAGCUUGGAUCUCAGGUUGCCAAC